GAGGGUCUCAAGAUAGAUGUUGAACGUGCCGCACCGAAUGUUAUUACACUUCGCCCACCUCGCAGGCCUAUAAGGGCCUCGGAUUUUGCUCCCUUUCCCAUCGCUCGCCGGCUCUGGUCUAUUAUAUCAAAAUGCGCCGGAUAUUUGGAGCCCACCAUGCGGCCCAUUGUGCGCGCGUACGUUGUUAUGGCCCUGCGACUGAUAAUACGGAUUGUGCCCCCUCUGACUCAUGUAAUUGAGUUCGAACUUGACGCCGCUGUGGUGUCAUUUGCAGCUCUCUCUGGGGUAUCCUUGGUCUUGAAGGAUACAACUCUGCACACGGCACUAUCCUUCUCGCAUCUUGAGCGAGUUAUAUGGACUGAGGGGUUACAACCGAACCCUCGUAGGCGGAAGCAUUCUCGACUCAUGAGUGUCAUCGAUUGGAAAGACAGGUUCGCCUCCAGUCUAGAACGCUCAUGGGAUCGUGCUUGGGGGAAGACACAAGGAGAGGCGUCCGUAUCUCUCAGGAUCAAUCGGGUGGCUUGCUUCACCCGUCCUUGGCCUACGGGCAUGUUACAUACUCUGGCUGAGAUGGACGGCCUACCUAAGGGAUGUUUCCUGAACUCCCCUGGCACCGUGGAGCUGAGAGGAUCAGUGCGCUUCAAUCCCAGGAAAGGGACCACAGAGUCCCACAGUAUUCGGCUGUCUCUGAAUCUGAGAUCUCUGUUCCUUGGUGUCAAUGACCUUCAGACACUCUUGGAGAAACUAAAGCAAAGCAAGGGAGACGAAGAAGAAGACAUCAGAUCUGCUGAGCCAGACUCCUUCUUCCUCAGCCCUCAGUCACCCGAAGUCGCUUCUCCGGUAGGUGUCUCGCCCAUCACACCUCCUCCUCGCAAUCCGUGGAGAAACUCCCUUCUGUCGCCUAAUUUACUUCGCCGAGGGCCCAAGCCUGUCGCCAUCCAGAGACUGAAGCGUGUGAAGCAAUUGACAUGGCUAUCAACGUUGAACUGUCUUGACGUGCAUAUCUCAAGCGUACAUCUGCGGCAUACCAUUUCAGGAAAAUCAGGAUAUCUUGCUCAAACGUACAAGGCAACGGUGUCCGAUUUCUCAGUGGGAUUACGCCUGAGCAAUCCCAUCGAUAACCCUCUACACCGCAAGUGGUUAGGACGAGAAGCCAAGUCCGAUCCGCACCUGGACGCGGCCGUUUACGCCCUCGAUUUUUCUCUGAAAGAUGCAAAGGUGGAAAGGUUGAGGGAGAGGACGUUCCUCGAUGUCCUAUGUCUGGCGUCAUUGAAGAGUCUGGACCUUCGACUAUUGACGACGCGCUGGCCCAGCCCGUUGAUGCCCACUACAUCCUACAUGACUGAGAAUCCUAAUGAGGCUUUGCUGGCCAUAGAUCUAACCGUCGGAGACCUUGAAGUCCAAGAUCAACUGGAUAUGCUCUGUGAUAUUCUAUCCCGUAAAAGGGCUUCUGAGAAGCCAGUCAAUCAGCUAUCCAUCCUGCCGACGGAUUGUGGCCCAGUCCCCCGAGUUAUGCUCGACAUCCAGACAGGCAGUCUAUGCGCGCGUCUCAUUUGUGCUGACCCUUCGGAAGGUAGCGCGCCUCUGAUGGUCCAGGCACAGAGCGAUGGGCUCGUAACCUCUGUUCAUUCUCAUUUUAUCACUUUGCAAGACCACUCAGAUCACAAGACCUCAAAGUCAAAGACACUAUCCGAGCCUGUCGACUACAUGCCCCUCCGAUUUGACAUCUCUAGCUCCACAGUGCUGAAGUCCACGUUUGUGCGAUUGCUCACGAUGCCACCAUCCACGAACGCGUAUCCAGGCGCAGGCUUUAAUGUGCCGACGGUUUCCUCUCUCCCUAUUGUGUCGCUCGAAACUCUGGAACUGAAUGGUGCAGCGAGCACAUUAGGAUAUGCAUCCGCUGGUACAGCCAGCGUCGCGCGUUUGGAUGCGUCGUCUGCUGUGGUAGAUUUGUACGGCUCGACAGAUGCCCUUUCCAUCGAGUUAUGGCAGCCGGACGUCAUUACAGCGCUGAGGACGAUGGCGACGUUUGCAGGAGAUGCAGCGGGAGUUGCACAGCAGAAGAAGUCUCGCCCGCCACAUGCCAGACUGCCAUUUGGGCUUAUCUUCGACUUUUCUCUCGAGCGAGCUGUAGUACUAUUGGCAGGACUGGAUAUCAACCCUUCCGAAGAACUUGGGCUUUUGCGCGGGAUUGUACUCCGGAGUGGGUAUGCAGUUGAAUACUGUGCUUUGCAGCCUCGCCAUCUCUGGCGAUUCAAGAGGUUACAGGAGCAUACGCAAACCCGACAAAACCUAGACCUUCCGGAAACACAAUUACGUGAGGCGGUUGCUGCUACCAGAGCGUCUCUGUCUACGAAUACUGUAUACGCGUUUGUCAAGGUAGACUGUUGGGACCUCGCAGUUCGGGACGCUGUGGCGACCAAUUUUGAAUUCGACGACGACCCGUUCAGCACAGAGCUGGGUAAUGCCUUCUCAGAUGCGCGGGAGUUCCUAAACGUGUCGCACGUACGGACUAAAGUGGCUUUACACGGCAGCAGCUCAUGCGAUUCAUGUGACCCAACCUCGACUGCCAUUGACAUCGGGAUCUUCGUUCCCGACAUCCGUUGUAAGUUCCAUCUUGCACACUCUUACUGUCUCCUUUUGGGGUUGUAUACAGCAUUGCGACUGCUGGAACGUUCCUCUCCCAAAGAGGAGAAUGGGAAUAGGCACACUACUACAUCUCCUGUCAUCAAGUCUGGUGUCACCAUUGGUACCUUGCAGGUCCUCUGUGAUUUACCUGUAAGGCAACGGUUAUGCACCAGAGUCGAUGGCCUGAAAAUUCACUCCUCAUCUAUCUCGAAAAGUGCAGAAUUUCGGAAGUGUUUGUUCUGGGUCUAUAACGCAGGUACCUCCAGGACGGGAGAGGUCAGCGGUCAAUGGGAAGAACUCGGACGCCUGAGGCAAUGGAAUGUAGCGGUACAUGGAGCCGAAGGCGUGUCGCCCAACAUAUCUGCUGAAGGCAACUCCGCUCGACUCCGGAUCCCAUACGGAUACGUUCUUGCGGAUCUUGUUCAAGACGUCAAUAUUUCUGUGAAAGCUCUCCGACAUCUCUACCGCAUGACUUCCAGUGCUCAUUACUUCUCAAUACGUCCACCUGAGGCGGAGGAAGCAAAACGCAUACCUGACAUUCGGGUCCGGAUUCAAUGCUUCAGUUUUGACGCCAUGGAUGAUCCUUUUGAGAGCAAACUAGGCUUGAUUACCCGUGCGGGUUUCGUAUCUGCUAGGGUUCGAGACCAUCGAGAGGAAGCAUUCGCCCUCAAGGCUACCACCGUGAAGGCGGCGGAAUCAUCGAAUACCUCUGCUAUUUCAGAUGUUGACUCCGGCCUUAGAUUUACCGCGAAGCAUUCGGUGCCCGUCGAAGAUGCUCAUCGUCGACUACUCCAGGUUCAUUCGGUAGACUACGUCCAAAGACAUCGGUCUCUACAAGAUACACAGUCUGAGCGCGAGUCUCGGGACGCACAACUUGUCGGAGAGUGUGUGCCGGACGAAGAUAUUGCAAUGGUACCCAAUCUUGUGGAAGUCGCUGUGCAUGAUUACGUGCCGCGAUUGUUCGACGUUAGGCUUCAUCAGUUGUCUCUAUACGUUUCGAAGCCCUCCUUCCCUAAUGAAGCCUUACCUGAGUUCCUUCACUUGCAGGGUUCUGGUUUGCCUCUGGACACACAAUUUACUCUUUUGGUGCCACUGCAUCUGCAUUAUUCGCUCGCCUCUCUCCGCAUCACAUUGCGCGACUAUCCGCUGCCGCUGCUGAAUAUCCCCGAAGCGGAAGAUGAUAAGGUGGCGGCGUUUGUCUUCGAAACGGAUUUGGUCAUUGCGGAAGAGAUGGGAACAGCGCAGUCUGUUGACUGGUACGAAUGCAUCGUACUUGGAGCUCAUUAUGGGAGCCCAGGUGCUAGCUCCUUCUCGAUUAGUGUACCCAAGACUAUCAUGCCAGUGAAAACGUAUGCGAAACCCGUCAUACAUGUUACUACCAAGGGCAUAACCGACCUUGCAUGGGGUGUGAGCUACCAUCCUGCUACCCAGGACGUCAUGCGUGUCAUCGAUGGUCUGACCUCAGCGCCCCGUGAUCACUCACCAGCUGUCGGCUUCUGGGACAAGAUUAGGUUGACAAUGCAUUGGCAGCUUCAAGUCAAGUUUGACGGUGAAGUCCAUCUACAUAUGAAGGGAUCCAGGGAUCCGUACGAAAUUUCUGAUAAGGGAGCCGGGUUCGCAUUGUGUUGGCAAGGAAAUACGAGGCUGGAUAUAGCCAUGCCGAAUACUGAUCAUGAACUAGUGCAAGUGACCAGUGAUACAAUGCUGGUUGUGAUACCAAAUCCGCAGGCUGAAGAAGACCCCGAGGCUGCUAGCACAAGGCAAGAUACGAUACUGGAUCGGACGUCCAUUUGUCGGGCAGAUUCGCAUGAGUAUCGAAAAGUGUGCGCGAAGUUCAGUUCGGGCGUCCGCUUUGGUAUUGGACUCGUCCUGGAGCGAUCUUGCGGGCCGGAGUGUGAUAAAUGCCAUGGUCCCCCGUUCAAGCGAGAGUGCCGCCUGUUCACUUUCAGGCCUCACUAUGAAGUCAAGUUGGAACGUAAACUGAAGGUCCCGGAGCUGAAGAGCUUCGAUGACUCUUACGAUGGAUUCCGAUCGGACUUCAUACAUUUAUCCAUCUCCCUGACAUCUGCGACUACCGAAGGCGUUCUCAGAACGCGCACUCAGUAUAGCAGCCUACACCUCACGCCCAAGACGUUCACGCAUUUCUGGUCCUGGUGGGGGUUGUUCGAUAGUUUCCUGUCACUGCCCAUCAGGCAGGGCCGACUUCAUAGGCAUAGCAGACCUCAAUCACCCAAGUUUGGACGACAUCUGGCCACUAUCAAGUACCGCAUCUCAGUCAAGCGAGUCUUCAUCUCUCAUGUAUACUUGGACGAAUCAGAUGAGUCAUGGGCUGAUGGUGUCACCUCCUUCGUAGGCAUGAAGGCCCUGAUAUCUGACCUUCAUGCUGAUAUGCAUCAAAGAGACCAGGAGAUAGUCGUCCCAGGGUCUGAUUUUAGACCUCCCAAAGUCACGCGGCGCAAGCCAUUCUAUGCGGCGGAAGUUGUGAUGAAGGAUCUGGAUCUUCGCGCAAUGCUGGCAACUUUCAAAGAGCCUCUGAAACAGUCGGUGCCUAUGGAGAAGCCGCAGCAAAGUAGCAGAUUUCGGGCUCACGAGCAGAAGAUGCCCUACACUCCGUCUGCUUGGGUCGACGAAAAUGACUACGUCGAAACGGAUUGGAUAUCUUCAGGCACCCCUGUUGUUCAUUUACUUCCGGCUGCAUCCUGCCCGCGUUUUACGUACUUCAAGAGUACGACCAAGACGUCAAAUCCAAGUCAUGCUUCCAAGAGCAGAUUUGGGGACGAGGAUAGUCACUCUUGUUUUCUCGGGAAAGAAGACUCUGUGUCUCGUAUUCAGAGCGAGCUGGCACAUGAACGUAUCCGUGAGCUGCAGCGCCAACUUGCUGGCACUUUAAGCAAGGCGAGUGGGCGACAUGCAUGGCAUGACAAGGGUGAUACGACGAAUACGGGGCCGCAGAAGGACGCCGGCUUCGUCGAUAAUCAAGCCAGUACUCGAAAGAUGAUCGCACUGUUAGAGGCAUAUAUCGCACAGGUCCAGCUUAUCGACGUCGAGAAUCGGCGGCCAGGCAUUCAUAGGGAGCAGAGCUAUUACAUGCCUCUGGACACAGUGUCAUCUGCAGAGUGGGCAGAAUUUGAUAACGUGUACCAAGUUCAUUGCCCGAAGAUCUUCAUGAGUAACUCCACUCGCGACAUUCUCCUACAGUAUUACUAUUGCUCGCGCACCCGCCGAGGCUUUGAAUAUCAUAUGGCGACACGGGCUGUGAAGUUCAUGCGAGAUCAGGCGAGAUCAGGCGCAUUUGUCUCCCAGGAAGGAGUCGAUGAGUCAAAACCGAAAGGACCCGGAGCAAGCGCUCAGGCUGCCGCCCAGGCAUUCCUCCGCAGAUUGGCAGGUGACGAUGAAAAUAAGACAUCUGUUCAGAUCUCACGGCAGCCACUCCCGGAACCGGGGAUUGUCGAUCCCUUGGGUGGAUGCUCUGACGGGGUCUCGUUACGCCAAAGCCAUUUCUGCCUGCUUCUUAAGCCCCAGAUCGUAUUGCGGAGUGAGGCCAGCGAGAACGCCGUCUGCGUCCUCGCAGCUGUGCAAGCAAAAUUGCAAUCUUUCGGCAUAAUGGAUAACGCAAAUGCAGAGGAUCCGGUCAGCGGGAAGAUCCUCACGAGGACAUAUACUUCUCUAACUGGCCUACAAACUUUCUCGCCCACAGGGACUGCUAUACCCGGGGAUGGGUGUGUCCCUCUUGAAGUGCUUAUCGAUCUGCGAUGCGAGAGCAGCGAGUUUGAUCGUCUCGUCCCUCAAACGGACGCCAGUUUCCAUUACGACAAAUUCAAUAGACUUCGUUUGCGAAGUGAUGUAUCGUCUCGUGUAACGACUACUGAGGAUAGCGACAGUCACUUGCACCAUCAGACGGACCUCAUACAAGUUCAUGUCCCCCAGUUCACCGUCUCUGCGGAUGAUCAACAUUUCCAGGCCAUAUCUAACAUAGUCACCGACUUGAUACUAUUCACGGACGCCACACACAAGACCCGACUAGAUAAGCUGGAAACACUAUUGUUCCGUUAUGACUUCACCGACCUUAGUGAAGCUGCGAAUGUUGUGUCAAAUCUGCAGUCCCGUUUGAGGCACGUCAUGGAGACGGAGAGGUCUGUGGAGCCGCGUCUUCGUCAAUUGGGGACCGACGGCAGGAUUGAGAUGCUCAAGAUCAAAGCACAUAUCCUGCUUCUGGCCGAAGAAUUGAACCUGAUCUUCGACGCCAUCAAACUGGCUCAAGAUAAACGCGAAGGCCAUUCUGAUCACAAGUCCGCCCUUCUGCUACAAGCCAUUUCCUCUGAGAUAUCGUGGAGAAUGCUUGACGAUCAACGGGAUCUUCUCGCGAAAUUGUCUCUCCGUCAGAUCGACUACACAUGGCUAAGUCGACAAGAUAGCUCUACGGAGAAUAACCUCGCCAUCGGCGAUCUCCAAGCUUUCGAUGGCUCUUCAACUGCUGUUUGGGCUGAAAUCAUAUCGAAGCAUAACGAACCAAGUAAUCAUCCCCUGGUCAAGCGUGGUCUUUUCCUCUUGGCUCACUGGAUCGUACUAGCGCCCGUUGGCGGGAUCACCGUUUUCCAAGACUUUGAGUUGAGAUUCCAUCCAAUGCGACUGCAGAUAGACACGAGGGUCGGACGGAGGAUUAUGGAAUAUCUAUGGCCAGGUCGAAAGAACAGGAGACGAGAUUCAGAAGAAGCACAUAUGGAAGCACAUGUGGAGGAACCGGAGUCGAUGACAUCUGAGGAAGCCGCCGCGGUGCCAAUCCUGAGACCGAAGCGGCCAGCCCGAUCUUCGUUAGAUUCGGCUAGACCGGUGCAAACUGCCCAUGCCUCGCUGGACAUCAAUCGACUGGCACCCCCGCCUUUGCGACGACUGGGCGUCUCCAGGUCCUUCACAGAUCUACGUAGUGCCGCGUCUUCAAGCUCUCAGGCCCCCAGGCUGGAGAGGGCGAACUCAUAUGCCCCCUUUGGCGAAAGUGCCACCCAAGCCCAUCCUUUGAGCCGUCGGACCUCUACUAGGAGUGAUACCAUCAAGCCACGGAAUGCCUCGGAAGAAGGGGACGCUGCCCUUAUGAAGACGCGUUCUUCGCAGAAGACCUUCAUAAGAGUGCGGGUUGAUAGUCUACACUUGUUGCUUAGCGUCUGGAAACAGGGUUCGUUCCUUUGUAGAGGAGCUCACAUCAGGACACGAGAGCUUCUCUAUCGUAACCAAACAUGGAGUUUUGAAGAGCUGGUGGACCAAUUUAUUCCAUCCGAUCCAAGCUGGAAGGGUUGGGUGAAGAUGGCAUUGCAACAACCGCUGGUCCCUGUGCUACCUGUCGCGCGAGAGCUCUUCUCCAAGACGCAAUGGGUUGCGUCCAAAGGGAAAUCGUACCUUGACGCCCAACUGGAUGGCUCUCCCAGGAAACUAGUCAAGUCGAAACCCAUCGGUGCUGACCCAUCAAAAAGUCUUCCGGACCAAAAGCAGAGAUCCCGCACGUCUUCCCCUAUGAGGCGAAUUCGGGGACGCGCCAUAAAAGCCCAAGCAGCUCCUGCGGAAGCGAUGCCGCCUGAUCGUCUGUCACGAGAAGCAUAUCGUCCCGACGAGGACAUGAAUUCGACGUCUGCGGAUGACCCAUUACCAAGGCCUACUUCUCGAGCUAGAAUGAUGAGCUUGUUCAAGAGGGGUUCUUCGCGUCCACGAGCAAGCGCAGACUCGAGUUCUUCGGAUGCAUCCCUCGCGAGCGGUCACCGACGACAAUCUCUGGACCACAUUUAAUUCGAGGACUUCUCUGCACGUUCUUAGGAACAUGUAUACCUUGUCGAACAUACCAGCGCAAACAUACGUUCUAUUUAAUUCGUUGUGAAACA